AUGAUUAUACAGAAAUAUUUGUUAGUUCUUUCCUGGAACCUUUCUAUGAAUAUUGCUGGCUUUGACGAUGUUCGUUCCGAGGCAGCCAGCGAACUAGCGAAACUGUACGAGCAGACAGGAGGAGUUGCGAGGUCCAAGCCUUUGUUGCGCAGGGCCAUCGAACUCUCCCGCCAGAGUGUCUUUUGGCAUUGCCGUAUAAUAUUUCAAGCUGCUCAACUGAGUUUAACAGAGGUUGACUAUGCAAUGGCUAGUACCUACUUGCAAAUGGGCUUGGAAUACUGCCACAUGCAGGGUGUUGCCUAUAACCAGGUGCUUUUUCUUCUCAGCAAAAUUAUGGUGAUGCUCCUUGAAGGCCGUGGUGCUGCUGAGGUCCAGGCGUUGCUCGCUCAGGCCAACCAGAGUGUCGAGCAGUACAAUGGAUCACAAGGCCAGAAGGAGCACCUCAGGGUGUUUUAUUUGGUGCUGCUGGUGUGUCACAACCUGAACAGUGGUCAGGUCAAGAGUGUGAAGCCGGCACUCAAGCAACUUCAACAGUCUAUACAGAAUAUUACCCAGCUGUCUGAACAGGAGGUUAUACCAAGCAGCACAAGUGAGAUGUUUGCAUGGUUACCUCGUGAACAACUCUGCGUUUUGGUGUACCUCGUCUCCGUGAUGCACUCAAUGCAGGCAGGGUAUAUGGAGAAGGCACAAAAGUACACUGACAAAGCGCUGUUACAGAUCGACAAACUAAAGGCUGAAGAAAACACAUCCAUUCUGAGGUCUUUGCAAUUGCUUCUUCUUGAGCACAGUGUUAUGUGCCACCUGAUAAUCGGCUCGAAGGCCCAAGCCAUUAAAGAAAUCGCAAAGGUGUGCCAACUCCUGCAAGAGGAUGCCAAGCAGCUACAAGCUCACCGUGCUCAGCUGCACACACUACUUGCUGUUUAUGCCAUGAGUAUGAAUAAUUCUGAAGCUGCUGAAAUACAGUUUAAUGCUGCUUUAAGGACCUCGAAAAACAGAGACCUCUGGAUCUUUGCAAACCUCAACCUGGCUGUCGUUUACCUAAGAUGCAAGCGCGAGAGGGACUUUGCUGAUAUCAUGGACAGAAUAAACCCCGAGACGCUGCCCACCCAGUCCCAGAGUUUACGAGCUGCUUCCUUUUAUGUUCAGGGCCUCCACGCUUUCUUCACGAGCCGUCACAAUGAUGGAAAGAGAUUUCUGAGAGAGUCCCUGAAGAUGGCCAACGCGGAAGACCUGAAUCGCCUCACGUCCUGCUCCCUGGUGCUCCUCGGACACAUCUUCCUGGCCCUCGGAAACCCCAGGGAGGCGCACAACAUGGUCACGCCGGCCAUGCAGCUGGCUUCCAAGAUCCCCGACCUGCAUCUUCAGCUGUGGUCCUCAGCUAUACUUAAAGAUUUGUACCGGCAGUUUGGGGACGUCCCCCAUGAGCAGGAGAGCAGCCAGAACCACUACAACUUUUCGCAAACGUUGCUCACCGACCACACCACGGCCUCUCUCCUUCCCGAACACAGCCUUAUAAAGUGGACAGAUGGGCCGUUCCCUCCCUUCAUCGCGGAGAAGGUUUGAAGGAAGGAGAAAUCCUUGUAGCUGUACGAUGGCAUAGGGUAAGGGAGGGUUCUGACCCGUGAGUGUAACACUGGGUGAUCAUUUAUAUUCAGAAAGUCCUUUUUUUUUCCCCCUUCUGUGAAUCCUUACCUUAUAGCUCUGACUACUUAAUGUUUUUGUUUUCCAUCAGCCUGAUUUUCAUCUUGUUAAACUCUUACUUGAGUACAGGAUAUUGUGUACCAUGGAGUGGGUGGAUCAUGUGCCAACGAAGAAGAGGUUGGGAAGAAAAGCAAAGAUGAUAUGUGGGGAAGUAUUUAAUAUUUAUAAAUAAUGUUUUCAUUCACCUGAAAUAGAUUUAUAUGUUUUGUGUGAGAUAAUCAAAAUUCAGUAAUCAUAGAGCAGACUCUCUCAUUGGCAUUUUCUUUAGGGGAAUGCCAUGAUUUUUAUUUAAAUUAAGCUAUGAUUUGUAAUAUUUCUGUCAUGUGA